AUGCACUUCACUCUGGCCUCGGUCGUGGGGCUCGCGGGGCUGGCGGCGCAGGCGGCGGCGCACGGGCUGGUGGAGAAGCCCGCGACGCGAGAACCGGGGACGGCGACGGCGGCGGCGUGCGGCAAGACCAUGGCCAAGUUCUACCAGAGCGACAACACGUCGUACCCGGAGGCGCUGUUGCGGUCGAACCCCAAGGGGCUGACGGACGGGUACGACGCCAAGAAGUGCAACCUAUGGCUGUGCAAGGGCUUCCAGUUCGCCGACAACACGGCCCAGGUGCAAAAGUACAAGGCCGGCGACGUGGUCGAUCUUGAGGUCUUCAUCCGCAUCCCCCACAAGGGCUACGCCAAUGUGAGUGUGGUCGACACGACGACCAACACGGUCAUCGGCCCGCCGCUAAUCGCCUGGGCCGACAACUACGCCGCCACCAACCGCCCGCCCGCCGACCAGACAAAGUUCAGCAUCAAGGUGCCCGACCUCGGCGCCAAGUGCACCACGCCAGGCGUCUGCGUCAUCCAAUGGUACUGGCUCGGCCAGGGCCAGACGUACGAGUCGUGCAUCGACUUCACCACGCCCGCGCCGGCGCCCGUCGAGCACGAGCACGAGCACUCGCGCCGAGCCAUCCGCGGCCAGACGCGGCAGUGA